GUUUUCAAGUUGAAGAACUUCUGCUCCAAUUCACACUUUUUGCAUUCCCCCACUUGAUAUUAGCAGCUAAAUAAACGAGGCAUUGCCCCCAACUUUUCAAUCUUCCUUUCAGUGUCCGCCGGAGAUGGGAGAAGGAAAGGGCUCAACCCUCGUCCACCUUCUGGUGGUAGUCCUUAGCUUGGUUGCAUUCGGCUUCGCCAUUGCUGCUGAGAGAAGAAGAAGCGUUGGCACAGUGGUUAAAGAUAACAUAUCAAAUGCUACAUAUUGUGUCUACAACUCGGAUGUUGCCACCGGCUAUGGAGUAGGUGCUUUCUUGUUUCUUCUUUCAGGUGAAUCCCUGUUGAUGGGAGUUACAAAGUGCAUGUGCUUCGGGAGACCAUUAGUACCGGGUAGUGACCGAGCUUGGUCUAUCAUCUAUUUUGUUUUGUCAUGGUUGACCUUCUUGGUUGCAGAAGCAUGCCUAAUAGCUGGUGCAACAAGGAAUGCUUAUCACACCAAGUAUCGUGGGAUGAUCUAUGCCCAGAAUUUCUCUUGCGAAACGUUGAGGAAAGGCGUCUUUAUUGCAGCAGCGGUGUUUGUGGUUGCAACAAUGGUUCUCAACGUGUACUACUACAUGUAUUUCACCAAGGCAACCACCACAAUGCCGGCUCACAAGGCGAAUCGCGGGAAUCCAACUGUUGGGAUGACUGGUUAUGCAUGAACUAAAACUACUCGAUUGAAGAUUCUAGGAAGACGAGUUUGGCUUAUUAUUAUAGUGUGAGUUCUGAUUGACAUUACAAUAAACAAUUGUGUUGUUAUGCUUGUGCUUUUCUAGUGAUGGUAUGGCGCAGGUAAUGAAUGUUCUGUGUUAAUAGGACAGUGAUGAAGCGAUUGAUGUGCUGAGAACUAUGUACGUAAAGAUCAAAGAAAUGCAUAUGCU